AUGGCGCGGGUGACCACACACAGCCUGAAGGUAGUGUCAUGUGACAUCAGACCUGCAACUUCAGCUGGUGAUAAUUACACGAGUGACAUGUUCAGAAUCACUGUAGAGGUGACAAAAGGAGGUGCGAUAGAGGUGACAUCACUGGUCGUUAAGGCUACUAAAGAUACAUCGUUCUUCAACGAGUUGGUACGAGGAGGUUUAUUUGACAGAGAAAUUGAAGUGUUCACCAAAAUUUUACCGUCAGUACAUCGUCUGUUGAAUGACGCGUCACCUGGCAAGUACCAACCCUUCGCAGCUAAUUUCUUUUACGCUCUCAGUGGCCUUCCAUCUUGUCUCGUGAUGGAAGAUCUCAAAGCAAGAGGAUUCGAGAUGGCGGAAAGAACGGUCGGUCUGGAUUUGAACCACUGCCUGCUAGUCAUGAGACAGAAAAGUCCGCUACAAGUCAUUUACAACGAGGAGCUAGAAAUAAUGGAGAAGAUUACAAGUGAAGAACGUCUUAGUAUAUCUUCUUUUGAGCUUAUAAUUUUACAUUUUUAAGUUGCCAUUUCAACG